CCACGCUUACGCUUCAAGUCUUUUUCCUUCCAUCUUCAUCGUUCCUUUUGCUCAACUCAGCCGUCGCUCUACCGCGGGUCCUCCUUGACCAAUAAUCUCUCUUUCUGUCUUUACUUGGGCGUACAGCCUUUCACGAACUCCUAUGACGAGCAUAUUCUUUCGACGCGACGACGAUGGUGGUGUGCUAGGUGACUUCAUUAACGAGAAUCAGGCCCAACGGUCGCUGGCGCCCGCAGCUGUCGGUUCUCAGGUCCUUUUAAUGUCUAUCAUUUCUCUCUUGACCGUACUGGUCUUCAAUAUUUUACGGCCUCGAAAUAAGAUUGUCUACGAGCCAAAAGUGAAAUAUCAUGUCGGCGACAAGAAGCCUCCACCAAUAUCGGACGGCAUAUUUGGGUGGCUCCCGCCUCUCAUACACACCAAAGAAGCCCAGUUACUCGAUAAAAUCGGUCUCGACGCCGUCGCUUUCCUGCGUUUCUUGCGCAUGAUUCGAUGGCUCUUCACCGCAAUUGCAAUUAUCUCGUGCGGUGUGCUCAUACCCGUAAACGUUGUGUAUAACCUCAAGAAUGUCGAUUCCUCAGACCGCGAUUUGCUAUCGAUACUCACCAUCCGUAACCUCAAAGGUUCCAUCCUCUUCGUACACGUCGCUGCGACUUACGUGUUCACCUUCCUUGUAUUAUUCUUCAUAUGGGUAAAUUGGAAGCGGAUGGUUCAGCUCCGACUCGCGUGGUUCCGAUCGCCGGAAUACAUGCAGUCUUUCUACGCACGGACACUCAUGAUUCAGAAGGUACCAAGGAAAUUCCAAUCCGAUGAGGGUAUUCGGAGCGUCCUGGAGACUGUCCAGGUCCCAUAUCCGGCUACGAGUGUUCACGUUGGACGUAAAGUUGGACGGUUACCAGAACUUAUCGAGUGUCAUAAUGACGCUGUUCGUGACCUCGAGAAGAUCCUUGUCCGAUAUCUUAAGGGUGGCAAGAUCGGUCAGAAACGACCCACUAUUACAAAAGGGGGCUUCUUGGGGAUUGGUGGUACGAAAUAUGACGCGAUUGAUUUCUACACUAACAAGGUCAAGCGCUGUGAAGCGGCAAUUGAAGCCUACCGCGAAGAAAUCGAUACUCGCCGGGCAGAGAACUACGGGUUCGCGUCCAUGGCGGCUGUACCCUAUGCACACAUAGUUGCUCGGAUGCUUCGCGAUAAGAGACCAAAAGGCACCCUUGUGACAUUAGCUCCUAACCCGAAGGACAUUGUCUGGGAUAACUUGAGCAAAUCGGAAGCUACAUUAGCAAGCAAGAAGACUCUUGGAUGGGUAUAUCUGGUCGUUGUAUGCUCCUUGAAUACCAUUCCACUUCUUGUUGUGUCUUUCCUCGCCAAUUUGGCUUCUUUAACGUCGUACGUCGGAUUCCUCGAGAAAUGGUCAGAAUCUAGUCAUGGUACUUUCACUGUGAUCUCUGGUAUUCUUCCUCCCGCUGUUGGUGCUUUCUUCGGUUGGUUCUUGCCUGUUGUUAUGAGAUGGCUAUCUCGCUUCCAAGGAGCUGUCACUCGUUCACGUCUCGAUCGUGCUGUUAUUGCACGUUACUUCGCGUUCCUCGUCAUUUCCCAGCUAUUCAUUUUCACGCUCAUCGGAGUUAUUAUCAACUCCGUGCAGCAGAUUGUCUCUCAGAUCGGUAAACACUCAAGCUUCUCAGAGAUUAUAAAUAACCUUAACAAACUUCCGGACACAAUCAACCGUACAUACAUUGACCAGGCCAACUAUUGGCUUACAUUCUUCCCUUUGCGUGGUUUCUUGGCCAUCUUCGAUCUUGCCCAGGGUCUCCACUUGUUAAUCAUCUGGUUCAAGACAUGGAUCUUCGGCCGUACUCCACGCGACAUCCGUGACUGGACUAAACCUCCCGAUUUUGAAUAUGCUAUCUACUAUUCUAAUGUGCUUUUCAUGUGUGCCGUGGCACUUAUUUUCUCACCUCUUGCUCCCUUGGUCCCUCUCGCUGCAGCGAUCAUAUUUUGGAUCAAUUCAUUCGUUUACAAGUAUCAGUUAAUGUUUGUGUUUGUGACGAAGGUCGAAAGCGGCGGGCGUCUCUGGAACGUUGUCAUCAACCGACUUCUUUGGACAGUUGUAUUCAUGCAGGCGCUGAUGGUUCUGACAAUCGGCCUCCAGCAAGGAUGGAAGUCUUUCCAAUGGAUAUCAACACUCCCACCAAUCCUCAUGGUCUUAGCUUUCAAAAUCUACUGCGACCGGGAGUUCCUACCCAAAUUCAACUGGUACGUACCAAGCGACGAAGAACUCCGCUUAGCGAAAGUGCAUUCGGAACGAGGAGAUGUACGUGGUGGACGAUUGGAGAAGAGAUUUGGUCAUCCUGCGUUGCAUGCGGAGUUGUUUACGCCGAUGUUACAUGCAAAGAUGAUGCCUUUGCUUCCGGAGGUGUAUCAUGGACGGAUUGCGAACCAGGAGGCGAAGUUGGACGAGUUUGGGGGACAGAAGAUGGAGGCUUCGGUUGUUCCGGGUGGUAUUAAGAUUGCUGCUGUUCACCAGAGCGAAUUGGAGUACGACCCAGCUCUUUACCAACGCGAUCGCGGCGAACUAGAUUGGGACCAAAGAUCAAUAUCGUCGUCAACGAUACUCAACGAUGUGCCAACCACUCUGGAACAUCAAAAGUCACAAUUCUACGCCGGAAGCGGAGGAAAGCCGCGAGCACCUGCUGGCUACGACCAUUAUCUUGCUCAUGGCACGACCCACGAAAUCGAGAUGUCACGCUUCGAUGCAGGCGGUAAUGAUCAGUACCCCUUACUCGCUGACCAGCGAGGUUACUCGAGUCGCGCAGGAACACCAACGCCGCCCGCACAGAGCAACACUUCGUUACCGUCUUACAACUUCGGACAGUUUGAUAACGGGUCACAGACGAGCAUGCAACCACGGUAUCCUCCAGGUGUUCCUCAGCCAAUGUAUCCGCCAAUAUCGCAACAGGGAACGUACGCUGAUCGUGAAGCCGUGCUGCAUCGACCAAUGCCACCACGACAACAAUCAUCGUUCAGUGACGCUGGUUCAACGACGAACUUCGCUGGUCGAGGGGCACACCGAAUGUAGACGUGCAUGGACAUUAUUGGACUGAACUCAAUACAAAUAUCUAUAUAUUAGCUAGUGUUAUCUACAACAUGCAUCCCUUGUUUUCUUUUUUUUCUCAUGUGCUGUGUACACAUGCUUUCUCUUAUCAUUACCAUUCUUUUAUUCAUUCAGAUUUUCUUUGUUUUUUGUUUUUUGUUUUUUGUUAAUUUCUCGGCUUUUGGCGGGCGGGGUUACAUGAGAUGGACAUGAGCUGAUGAUGUACAAGGAUAGUAGCUUCCUUUCAUAAACCUCUGUAGACAGCAUUAUAAACCGG